ACUUGGGGUAAAAAAAACAACAACAUAGGGGUGGUGUAAUGUGUGCGGAAGUGAAAUCAAAACUCCGUGCAAGCCACUUCGAUCCUAUCAUAGUUAGUAGUCGUUAGUGAUCUACGAGCCAAAAGUCGAUAGAUCUUCAUCUAAUUGUGAAAUCAUGGAAUCAGACAAGGUACUACAUAUCGCUAACUUUAGCACACUGUUUGUGUGCAUGGUGCUAAAGUUUCCGCAAAUAUUUGUUUUGAUGCGCGCGAAAUCGACAACGGGUGUCAGCCUCAACAGUCUUCUGCUGGAGCUAACCGGGUUCAUUGUGUUUGUCACCUACCAGAUGUACUAUGACUACCCACCCCCAACCUACUUGGAGUACCCCAUCCUCAUUGCUCAAGAUGUCAUCCUCCUGCUCUUGAUUCUACAUUACAAUGGCAGCCUGAAGCAGAGUCUGAUCUAUGCAGUUGUGUUUGUGGUAGGCUGGCAACUACUCACUGUGCAGAAGUGGAUAAUUGAUCUGGCCAUGAGCCUGUGUACUUUCAUCAGUGCUGGCAGUAAAUUUGCCCAGCUCCAAUGCCUGUGGCAGUCCAAGGACUCAGGGCAGGUUAGCGCCCUCUCCUGGGGUAUGGCUACUUACACAUGUUUUGCAAGGAUUUACACCACCAGUGUGACAACUGGAGACAUGCAGGUUCUGGUGCGAUUUAUUGUCAUGGCACUUCUGAAUUCAUGGGUGCUAGCUACAGUCUUGUACUACAGGAAAAGGGCUGGGGAAGUACAGAAGAAGCAGGAUUAAGUCUCCUGUCACACACAGUUAUUACCUCCAAUGUCUAAAACCGGACAAUUUGUCUGCACUCCCUCUUCUUUCAGUGUUUAAUUUCACCCAGACAUGAAGCUGAGAACUGGACUGUGUGGGUGACAAAUGGACAGGUGGCAACCCUUUUGGCAAACCAACCAUUCUGAUAUCAAAAGGAGGGUUCUUUUUUCUAAAAUGUUUGGGACCAUUCUUUCAAACAUUCCGUUUGACAACAGGUCAAGUUAGUACAAAAGAUUCAAAAAUGUGUUGAGCUAAUAUAUUGGGUGCUAUAUUGGGUGUAUUAAUCCUUUCUGUUGAGAUGCAGAUGUUUCUCAGGAUAAAACAUUAAACAGCUGUAAUUUUCAAUGUAUUUUCUAAAGAUUUUAAUCAAUAAACCAUACCACCUUUGAAA